CCUGGCUCGAAAACAGGAGCGGCUAAUCCCCGAGUUGAACAAGCAAAAAAGCAGCAGCAGCGGCAAGCGAGCAAGCCUCACCCACGCCUAUACAAUCCAGGGAGCGCCGGAGUUGGGGGGGGGGAGAGAUCGAGCGAGCGGGGGAAUCUGCAGCCGGAGCCGGGCUUGGAAGCACGUGGAAGUGGCAGCAGGCUGCAAAAACGCCGCUUUCGGGAACCUGAAACCAUUUCGCAGCGCGGCAGCUCGGGAGCAAGCAAGCAAGCACGCGCACACGCACACUCACAUCCGCGGGAGAAAGCAGGGGAGGGGGGAAAGGAGGGAAGCCGCAGAGGGUUCCCUUAGCGCUUAGCCUACUUGCUGCCGAUCGUUAUUUCCAUUUAUUUAUUUAUUUUCGCCUGCUUUGAGGGGCGCCUCGUUUGCCAAGCACACAGGCACGCACAGGUCUGCAACGCUCGACGCGAUUUCUGCUUUGCAAACCCGGAGUCAGGUUAAAUCUGCAAACGGAAGCCGGGCGCCUGGAAACGCAGCGACAUGGAUAACAAUUCGGGUGGCGUGAUCCUGUAUGUGGGCUCCACAGCCGGCUCCAGCCCCACCCCGGGCAGCCCCCCCAGUGGAUACCUGGUGCCUUCGCCUCAACACUCACUGCCAUCCUCGCUGGAAGAGCUGACCCUUACGGAGAUCGGGGCCAUUAAGCCUCAACGGGCCAGCUCGCCGUCCUCUCCCAAGGUAGCCUUCCAGUUCCCCGAGGGGAUCCGCUACCCCAGCAAGGGCCAGUCGCCCCCAACGCAGAGCAGGGUACCCGCUGCCAAACAGAACGGAGCCACCGGCACCUUCACAAAGACAGGUGGAAUGGUGCUGCUCUGCAAGGUUUGCGGUGACAUUGCCUCAGGCUUCCACUAUGGCGUCCAUGCUUGUGAGGGAUGCAAGGGGUUCUUUCGCAGGAGCAUCCAGCAGAACAUCAACUACAAGAUGUGUGUGAAGAAUGAAAACUGCAUGAUCAUGAGGAUGAACCGCAACCGCUGCCAGCACUGCCGCUUCAAGAAGUGCCUGGCGGUGGGCAUGUCAAGAGAUGCUGUGCGCUUUGGGCGCAUUCCUAAACGGGAGAAGCAGCGCUUGCUGGAUGAGAUGCAGAGCUACAUGAACAGCCUGAACGAGGCCCCCAUGGACGUUGGCAUGAGCCCCGAGGCGGACGCCGCCCCACCCAGCCCCAACGCCCAGGAAGAGGAGGCCAUCAGUGCCAUCUCGAGAGCUUACCACGACAUCUUCGUGAGUGGCCAGGACCGCCUGGGCAAGCGGGGAGGGUCCCCCGGGAGCGAGGCCUGCCCUUUGACCAACUACAACGAUCAGCAGCUGAAGAACUCCUACAGCUACGGGCAAUACGAGUCGGCCACUCUGCGCGUGUCCAGCUACAGCCCCCAGGAGCCUCCUGGCUUCGUGGACAACGGCUCCCGGUGCUUUGGCAAUGAGAUCUUCAAGGCUCAGCAGGGCGGCUAUCUGCACAAUGCCGGAUGCUACCCAGCUUUUGAGUACGGCUACCCUGAAGCAAACACUCAGAGGAGCUGCCCCUGGCGGGGUACUACCAGUCGAGGCAUCGCCUGCCCUCUGAACGCCACCCCCUAUUGCAGCAACGGCAAGAGUAGCCAGCAAGUGUGGGAGGACUUUUCGCAGUGCUUCACGCCAGCCGUCAAGGAGGUGGUGGAGUUUGCCAAGAGCAUUCCUGGGUUCCAGUCACUCUGCCAGCAAGACCAAGUCAUGCUGCUGAAAGCAGGCACCUUCCAGGUGCUGAUGGUUCGCUUCUCCUCCCUGUUCAGCCCCAAGGAGAAGGUGGUGACCUUCCUGAGUGGGGAGACAUACUCGCUCUGCAGCCUACGCACCAUGGGCAUGGGCUCCCUGCUGGAUGCCAUGUUUGAGUUCAGCGAGAAGCUCAGUUCCCUGGACUUGGACACACAGGAAAUGGCGCUCUUCAUGGCCGUAGUCCUGGUCUCAGCAGAUCGUUCUGGCAUCUCUGACGUGGACGCAGUCGAAAUCCUCCAGGAGACUUUAAUCCGGGCCUUGCGGACUCUUGUGACUAAGAAGCACCCGGAUGACUCCACGCUUUUCCCCAAGCUGCUCCUCCGCCUGCCUGACCUGAGGACCCUCAACAACCAGCAUUCAGAGAAACUCCUUGCCUUCCGGAUCAACCCGUAAGCUCGCUGGACUGGACGGCUUCUGAAACCCUGCAAGUUUUGAGGAAGAAGAACCAAGAAUCAACCAUCAAGCAAACUUAAUGCAUCGGACUAAAUUUUGCUCCGUGGGGAGAGAAGAUGGUGACGGUGAAAGGAGAGGAGCAUAAGGGAUCCGGCAAGGGAGGGGUGCCCAUAGCCCAUCGCAGCUGGGAUCUACUAAAGCGGAUCCCUCCCUGGCGAGGAGACCAGACACAGGAGGAAGGGUUUGUUUCCCAGAUAGUGCUCUCCGUGGCGCUGUGCAGAUUGAAGAUCAUUUAUUUUGCUAGAGGAGACCAGGCAAUCGAGCUGGACACGCGUUGUACCGUGUUGUUUUUCAAAUGUGUGCUGAUAUAUAUAUAUAUUUAUAUAUAUAUAUGUAUACACACACACACACACAGUACAUGCAUAUAUUUCUUACUUUCCAUGUGAUAAUGUGUUGAAGUUCUGUAUAUAAAAACACUGGGCUUAUUGUAUGUAAUUCUAAUAACUCUUGGUAGCGCUUCGUGGGGUGGGUGGGGGAGAGGAGGAAAAAAAAGGACAACCUGAUAAGACGAACAUCGCAACUUUAGCUCCUUUCCUUUUAUCUGCAUGCUACCGCAGCCCCAGGACUCAAGCUCCCCCGCACUUCUUUUUUGGAAUUCCUUUCUUUGGGAUGGGGAGUUUGCUCUGUUUCGUUGCUGCUCUUUCCCGAAGAAGGGAUCGCACACACAGAGCUAAUUGCUAUACAUACUGUGUUUUAAGACGUUCAGUUCAUGCUACAGAUUUUACUGGGUAGGUGUUAUGUUCAGAUGUGUAAAGUAGAACUGCUCAAGUUCGGCCCCUUUUCCCCACCUCCUUCCCUGCAACUGAGCAAGUCCUCUUUCACGCCUGACACAAGUGUCGAUAAGUCAAUAUAAUAUAUAUUUUGUAAACGUUGCAAGCAAAAACACAAAAGGGGGCUUCCACUAGUACACAGGUCAGGCUUGCUCUCAACUCUCCAAGGUGGCCAUAGCAUGCUAGGAAGGCCGUCGGCCCCAUGGUGCGGGAAGAGGACCGCUGCGAAGGGGCUAAGGCUGCAAUCCUUAACCUUGGUUACCUGGGAGUAAGCCCCGUUGACUUUUGGAGGGCUAAAUUCUGAGCAGACAUGGUUUGGGGGAGGGCAGGCUCUCAGAAGGCCAAAUGGAAGAAGCAGGAGUGCAGCUGGGUGUUUCAAGAGGGGUGAUGAAGAAAGUUGGGGUUCACCAUGGGAAACGGGAAGCUGCCUUACGCUGAAUCAGACCCAUUGAUGCAUCUAGUUCAGUAUUGUUUAGAGUGACUGCCAGCAGCUCUCCAGGGUUUCCAGCAGAAGUCUUUCCUAGUCCUACCUGGAGAGGCUAGGGAUGGUACCUGGGAUUUUUUACAUCCUCUGAGCUACAUCCCUCCCCCUUGUACCACCAGGGCUCCUUCCAUGCUAAGUAAGGUUUUAGGCAGGCAUCCCCAAACUUCGGCCCCCAUCAUCACUGGUCCUGCUAGCUAGGGAUCAUGGGACUUGUAGGCCAAAACAUCUGGAGGGCCGCAGUUUGGGGAUGCCUGGUUUAGGGAAACAAGCAGAGGUUAGCUGAGCCCUUAGGUAGAAAGGGCUAAGCAAAGCAAACACUCCGAAUACCAUUCCACCCAACCGUACCAGUUUCUUCCAGGCAAUGGUGCUGUCUUUUUCCAGAAGGGCGAAGCUGUACGAGUACUCUCUCCCAGAAUUCCAGAACCUGGCUUUCCAUUUGAACUUGUAGAUCUUGCUCACUUUCCAGGAUAUGGGGCACUGAGCCCCAGAGUCUUGGCUAUCUUCCAAAGCUGCCUUUGUUAUAUUUAAUCCCCAGUCUCUAUUCCAGAUGUGCGAAUAUAACCCUAGACUGCUGGCUAAAUCGCUCUUUCCUAACAACCAGUUAGUUGGUUUGUUCCCCCCCCCGGGGGGGGGGAGGAGGAGGCAGGGAACAGAAUGGAACCUAGAAUUAGCUUGGUUCCAACAUUUCCCUCCUUUUGCUAUACUUAAGGCUGUGUGUACUCUACACUUUACACAUACAUACACCAGAUUUUGAGCCAAGAAAUGCUUAAAUUUGUGACCCGGGUAAAUUAUGCAAAUUAAAUAUCACAUCUGUUUAUUCUUGUACAGUUUGUGCUGCUUCCACCAGAUGGGAAAUGUGUGGGUUUCCUCCCCUUUUUCUGGUGAUGGGGGCACAGGGUGCUUUACCUACUGACCCCUGCAAGUUCUACUUGGUUUCUGAUACCCAAGCUACACAUGAUGCUGGCAGGCCCGUGUCUGAAGUAUAGGUGUCUAUGCAUGGUUUAGCACACCAAAGGGGCGCACAUGGGUGGCUGGGGGUGGUGAUGUUCUGAACCCUUCCUUUGUCCCUGCUCUUUUCUCCCUAGUUCCCCACCACCACCACCUCACCCCACCCAGGCUCAACACCAGCUAAAAGUGCCUGGGGAAAGGAGCUUUGAAGGAGAGAAAGAUGGCUGGUGUUGGGGACAGUUCAUUGUGCCCCUUUGGAGCUUUUAAGCUACACUCCACCCCAGUCAUUCUCUGGUUUACAUGUGCUUUCUGCCAUUGUCAUGUGUAGUUUAGGUCUCGGACCUCACCUUGCAAAGUCCAAUGUUUUCAAAAUUAUUCUUUGGUUGUUAGGGGAAGAAGAUUAAUUUUUGUGUGUGUUAAAAAGAGGUUCUAAGGAUGCUAAAUUCCAUGCUUGGAAGUGCAGGCACAUGGAUUACACACAGCCUUGAUUAUGUAGAUCCAGAGACCCCAGGAAUUGUUUUCUUUAACUGUUGUAUGCGAGACUUUAUAGAUUUAAAAGGAGCCGAACCUUGAGGUUGGUUGGGAUUUUUUUUUUCCGAGGGGGAACUUCUAAGGGAGGUGACCAAAAAGGGAUCUUGGGCUCCCAAUUCUCUCCUGUAGGACCACCCUCCUGCUCCCACUCCACCCUGCCACCCUAUUCUCUGCAUUGAAACAUAUCAGGUCUUUUCCAUCCCAUUGACAGGAGCUCUCAUGGCAUGUUUCAGUCACCCUCCUGUGUGCAUGAUGUGGGGGAUAUUCUGUGUUCUUCGCAGGGUGGGAGGGACACUGUUGUUGCUGCUGCUGCUGCUGUUGUUCAACACUGCUUUUAAAAUGAAAAAAAACCAAACAUUGCACUUUUCUUAGAAAUCUAGAGGAAAAAAUGUAUGUUAUAACAAAGAAUUCCCUCCCUAAACCGGAGUAUAUUUGCUGCAAAGGGAAAAUAGAGAGAGGGUUUUAUUUGCUGCUGCUGGUGCUGCUGCUGUUGCUGCUGUUUGGAGUCUACAAGACUCGCAAAAGAUACCGACAAGAAAGAGAGAGAGUUUAUUUUUUGUCUAAUAUUGAAGUGCAAUAAAUACAUUGAAAUAUAAAUAAAAUAAAGACUUGCUUAA